AUGGCGACACUCGCAGGGGACCAGGGGUUUAUCCGCCAGACGCCGCUGUUCCUAGUACUUGUUCCGAAUCUCCGGCGGCUGCGGAAUCUCGAGGAGCAGUAUAAGCCAGGUCAGGAUGCGCAGGCGCUGGCGGGGAUGGAUAUGUUCAUUAUGAGCACGGUUGACGCGGCGCUCGCGGCGCAGAAUGUGGCUAUUGUGGCCGAGGCCCUUGGGCUGGGUGUAUGCUAUGUGGGUGCGCUGCAGAAUCACGCAGAGGAGGUCUGCAGGCUACUCAACCUGCCUGCGUUAGCAUAG